AUGCCAUGCUUUUCCUUUUCAGCACCUGCAGUCAGCCCCGAAGAAGAACGCAGGGAACGCGAAGAGCUCGGGGCAGAGUACCAACAGAUUCAAGAUGAAAUGCGUGGAAGACGAGCUCUUCCAAAACAGUUGAAUGCGCAAGUAGGCUUCCAAUGUUCCGUUGAGGAUGUCCAAACGGAGAUGGCCAAGAUGCCUGACAGCGAGAAGACGCACCUCUUGCAGGCUAUGGAAUGCGCCCCAUCACUGGUUGAAAAGGAGAGCAAUCACUUAUUAUAUCAUGCAAAUUGUCAGUCUCAUAAAGAAGUGACAUCUUGCCUAGCUACGUAUUGGAGACUGCGAUGUCAAAUAUUUGCAUCAAAAGCAUUUCUCCCCAUGAAAAAUCUUGCAUCAGAAGAAAAACUAGAGUCAUCGACUUUUGUGAAAGUUCUGCCUAACGAUCGCGCUGAUAGACCGGUUUUGUUCUUUGACCGAAUCGAAGUCUAUCGGGCUACAGCUACAAGAAGCGCUGCGAUGAAACACCUCUUCAUCGCCCUACACAUGCUUUGCGAAGAAGCGGAAGCGCGCAAGUCUGGCUUUGUUUUCAUUGAAAAUAUGUGUGGCUUUGACUUGUACACUGAUUUCGACCGAAUAUUGACAAAGACACAGAUGAGUUUACUUCGAGAUUGCUUUCCGACGCAGCUGCGGUGCUAUCAUCUUUGCGGUGGGAUCGACGAGAAGUGGGCAGUUGAUUUGGUAGUCCCUGUUCUGAAGCAAAUUGCAAGAAAGAGUAUUCGUCUGCGAAUGGUGUGCCAUACCGCCAGUCCACAUGAUAUUGCUACUAUUCUUGAUGAUGAAUACAUGAUUAAGCCAUCGACACUUCCACGUGCCAUUAGCGGUCGGCACGAGACCGUGCCUUUUACCAACAAGAAGCACAGUGCCAAAAAUCAACUCGAAAUCCAAAGCAAAGUUCAUGAAGUGCAUGUCGCCAAGAACCAUCGAUUCGCUCAAAAAAUACAGUCCUCGUGCCCACUGUUGAAAAACACACUCGCUGAGAACUGGGCGAUCAAGAACGGACUCGAUUGUAGACAGGACGCUUUGCGUAGAUAG